CAGUGUCUGGAACCGCACAGUUGCGCACCGCCAAGCAGGAGUAGCAGCAGCAGCAGCCGUCCGCUGAGUCGCAAUGAAGUUUUUUAUCUGUCUGUCGGCACUUUUGCUGGUUUCAGCGGCCGCCGCUGAAGCAGAGCAGAAGAAGUCCGAAGCCACCGGCGACAAGGGUGCUGUGCCGUUGGAGAAGAAGCUGGACAAGCGCGGUCUGCUGAACCUGGGCUACGGGUACGGCAUUAACGGGCUGGACGUGGGUUACAUCGGUGGCGGGCACCACGGUGGUGCGUACCAUGAUGUCCACGACCAUCACUACGGGCACGGGGUGUUCCUCGGCGGGCACACGGACGUCACGAAGACGGUCACGCUCCUGAAGGGCAUUCCACAGCCCUACCCAGUGUACAAGCACGUCCCAUACACAGUCGAGAAACACGUCCCCUACGCGGUGAAAGUCCCAGUCCCGCAGCCCUACGAAGUUGUCAAGCAUGUCCCGGUGCACGUGAAGGAAUACGUAAAAGUUCCGGUCCACGUGCCUGCCCCGUAUCCAGUGGAGAAAAAGGUCCCGUAUCCGGUUCACGUGCCCGUCGAUCGUCCUUAUCCCGUGAAGGUGUUGGUGCCGCAGCCGUACGAAGUUACCAAGCAUGUGCCGUAUCCUGUGAAAGUUCCAGUCCCGCAGCCGUACGAAGUUACCAAGCACGUCCCGUAUCCUGUGAAGGUGGAAGUGGCCGUCCCAGUGCCGUACGAAGUCGAGCGGAAGGUCCCGGUGGAGGUUAAGGUCCCCGUCGAUCGUCCUUACCCGGUGCACGUGGAAAAACCGUAUCCAGUAGAAGUGGAAAAACCGGUCCCGUAUACCGUCGAGAAGCCAGUCCCGUACCCAGUGCAUGUCCCAGUCGACCGCCCAUAUCCGGUGCACGUGGAAAAGCCCGUCCCCUAUCCGGUGAAAGUCCCGGUCCCGCAUCCCUAUUACGUGGAGAAGAAAUUCCCAUAUUUAGUCGAGCGGCCAGUCCCGGUUCCGGUUAAGGUUCCGAUCGAUCGUCCUUACCCAGUGACGGUCGAGAAGCACAUUCCGGUCGAGAAACCGGUGCCCGUGCCAGUGAAGGUUCCGGUUGCGGUUCCUGUCCCCGUGCACGACGAUCACCACCAUCAUCACCACCAUCUCGGACAGCACCUUGAUCACCACCAUCACCACGACGUGAGCUACACCAGCUUCAGUGGCUACGGACACGACUACAGCUAUCACCACUAGAUCCUGGUACCCUGGCAGCCCUGUGGACGUGGCGGCACUGCCAACCGGAAACCCACUAACCCACGUGCAUUGGAGCGGCGAUUGGAGCGAUUCUCUCCCUGUCUGUCUGUCUCCCUCGUGUUAAUAGCUAUUAUCACCAUCGACCGUGUAUCCUUAGGUCUCUCACUCACUCACUCACUCACUCACGUACCUUCGGCGGAACGAAGGACUCACCAGAAAUCUCGUAAAAGGUCUACGCAUCUCCGCACUCGAUGUGAUAAUGUGAUCGUGCAAGCACUGCCCCCCCCCCCACUUUCGAUACGUCCCCGUCUUUAAUUGUGCAUUAUUUUUACCCGAAUACCGCUGCCGACCCAGUUGGCCGCCGGCUACGCGAUCCCGCGGAAAUGGAGACGCCCAUGUAUUGGACGUCCACCUUUUGGACCUAACGAAAUUCUCAACGAACCCACAUCCGGGACCGGCAUUUGUUUUUUAACCACUUUUUGUGCACAAAAAUUGCCCAUAAAAAACAAAACUCUCGGACACUUCGACACUCGCGGGCGAGGCGGCCGGCCGGCCGGACGCUGAGGCAGCAUUCGCCCGGGUAGGCAACAUAAUGUAUAUUUUUUUAUGAUAUUUUAUGUGUAAAUAAGAUGAACAAUAAACGAAACAAAGAUGUUGUACAAAAAAAAACA